AUGUGUAUUCAUAGGAGAAAUUACUGUCUCCAAGCUCAACUGGAGUACUUAAACAACUUGCAGAAUGGAAUUUUCGAAUACAUAGAGGUGCCAAAAUACAAGGAGAUCAACAGAAAAAAAAUUUACACUCUAAAAAAUGAAGACGAAAACGUGUCAGAGGAUUUAGAAUGGGACGGAAAAGUAAACGCGCUACGAUACUACGAAGAACAUGAAGAAGAAGGAACCAACAUUUUCAAAGAGUUGAUGCUACAGGAGGGAGACUAUCAACGGAUCAACAUUGCCGAUUUCAACCCUGUCAACUUGGAUUACUGA